CGACGAGCUCAACCACCUCUAACAUUUAAUCAACAUCGACAACAAGUAAAACCAAAGAGUGAAGAAAAAUUAUCAACAUUAUCCUCCCCGAUCGGUUCAUCUUCCUCAUCAUCAGAAUCGAAUUCCCCAACAGGUGAAAAAUUUAUGUCAAGAUCUGAUUUUAUUCUUCAACAACAACAACAACAGCAACAACAACAACAACAAAAUAUAUCUCAACAACGUAAAGCUUCUAGUCUAAAAACAAUUUCUGCAACAUCAAAUCAACAACCAUCAAAAAUUCUCUAUCCUAUUGAUUUCGAAACAAAUCAUAAUGAUGAAUCUUGGUAUCAAAAACAUGCAUCACCAUCAACAUCAAAUGGACAUCAAAAUAAAGUUCCAACAUCAGAUUCUGGUAUUGUCAUAGAUACAACUGUUACACGGCCAACAUCAAAUUCAAGUAUUGAAGGAAAUGAUGCUGAUGGUAUUCCUAUUGAUAUUACGAAUAAUGGUAAAUUAAAACAAUACGAAAGUAACUAUCGAAAAACAUUGGCAGAUUUAACUAUUAUCAAAAAAAAUAUUGUUGACAUUGAAAGUCGUCUUAGUGAAGCUAUGCGUGAGCUUGAAAUUGAACGUGCAUUGGUUGAAGGAGAACACGAGUUGGUAUUUAAACAAAUUUUAGAUGAUAGUGAAAUUGAUCAAGACAAAAUUCGACAUUUAUAUAAUGAUUUACAAUUAUUAACUGAUCGAAUAAUGACAGAAAAAACAUCUAUUCGAAAUGAAAUUGAUUAUACUCAACAAAUCCUUUUUAAACUUGAAUAUGAAUUACGUGAACUCGAAGAACAAUAUCGACCGUCGGAUGAUAAAAUUCUCAAAAAGAAAGAAAUUCUUGCUGAGACACGUAGAAAACAUGAAGAUCUAGAAUUUCAAUUAAUGGAAUUAGAAACACGUUGUGAAACUGAACUUGAACAAUCCGAAGAACAUUUUCAAAAUGAACAAAUUCUUGUUGCACAAAAUUCCAAAAUUCGACAGAAUACUUUACGUGAUCUUGAUCAUCAACAAAAUAUAAUAUUACAUCAAGUUAUAAUCGAAAAAGAAAAAUUGGAACGAGAAAAACAAAAACUUAAAUUAUUAUUUAAACAAAAAAAAUUCGAAGCUAAUGAAUUAGAGCAAAAAAUCAAUGGAUUAUCAUCAAUUUAUGAAAAAAAUAUUUAUGAAAAUGGACAUCAUCUGCAAGCAACAAAUGGAAAAGAUGUUUGGUUGAAUGGUAAUACAUCAAUGUAUCAUUCAACUCCAUCAAGUAUUUACAAUGCAUUGAAUUAUGCAGAUGAUAUUUCAUUACCAAAAUUGAAUAUAAAAGAUAAUCAUCAAGAAAAAUUAGAUGAAAUUAAGGAAAUGAUUGCGAUUGCUAAACUUGAAAAAAUGACAAUUCUAGAACAACAAUUACGUGAACGUUAUGAUGAACUCGUUCAAUGUCAUGAUGAACAUUUAAAACGUGUUGAAUUAGAACAAAAAUUAGCUAAUGAAAUUCAAAAUCGUGAUUAUCUUAUUGAAUGUCAAGUUAAAUUACGUGAAAAAAGUCGAAUGCAGGAACGUCCAUUAACACGUUAUUUACCCAUACGUUCAAUUGAUUUUGAUCUUCGUGCACAUAUUGAAGGUGCUGGACAUUUAUUAGAUUCAUCACAUAUACAUAUAACAUCAACAUCAUGUCGUGGUUUUCUUCUUAAAAUGGGUGGAAUGAAAUUUAAAACAUGGAAUCGUCGUUGGUUUGUAUUUGAUCGUAAACGUCGUUCAUUAUUUUAUUAUCAAGAUAAAACUGAAACAAAAUUACGUGGUUGUAUUUAUUUUCAAUCAAUUGUUGAAGUUUACGUUGAUCAUUUACAAUCAAUAUCAUUAAGAUCACCUGAACCACGUGAAGCAACAUUUAUUGUUAAAACAAUUGAACGUCCUUAUUAUUUAGUUGCACCGACAGUUGAGUCAAUGCGUAUAUGGGUUGAUGUUAUUAUAACAGGUGCUGAAGGCAAUACAUUUGCCGGAGAAAGUUAA